GGAUAAAGCUUUUCCAGGGCGGGCGCUCAGGGUGUCUCCUGUGAAAUGAUGUCAUCCGAUCAAUAUUUUAGCGGGGAGUGACUGAUCCGGCCAAGUCCUGCUAUGAAAUAGUCGCUAUAUUGGAAUUGGAUUUAGCCCUAUCGAUUGGGCUGAUAACAGGGACCUAUAAAAGGCAGGGGGAUUGGCUUUGCGUUUACUACAUCCCUGAAGCAAUUAGCUCCAAAAGCACCAAGCCGCUGCCUUCUCUCGUAGCAGCAUUGGCGCCUCUGCUCGUGUGCGGGAGAGAAAGAGAGCUGGGAGGAGGCAGCUUGCCAUUUAUAUUACCUGGGGCGGUGGAAAAAUAAAAGAUGUGGCAGCCCCUGUGCAAAGCGCCGACGUCCCUGGCUCUGCUCGGACUCUGUUGUGCAAUGGUGGCCGAUUCCCUGCCUUUCUCCGACGCAGGGCCACACGUGAACUAUGGCUGGGGGGAGCCCAUCAGAUUGAGGCACCUCUACACUGCCAGCAAGCACGGACUGUUCAGUUACUUCCUGAGGAUCAGCAAUGAUGGCAAAGUGGACGGCACCACCAGCCAGAGUCCUCAAAGUUUGCUGGAGAUCAGGGCCGUGGCAGUUCGCACGGUGGCGAUCAAGGGCGUGCACAGCUCGCGGUACCUCUGCAUGGAGGAGGAAGGGAAGCUGCAUGGGCUUCUCAGGUACUCUACAGAGGAUUGCUCCUUUGAAGAGGAGAUCCGCCCAGAUGGCUACAAUGUAUAUAAAUCCAAGAAAUAUGGAAUCUCUGUGUCUUUGAGUAGUGCCAAACAAAGGCAACAAUUCAAAGGAAAAGAUUUUCUUCCAUUAUCUCAUUUCUUACCCAUGAUCAACACUGUGCCUGUGGAGUCAACAGAUUUUGGGGAAUAUGGUGAUUAUAGCCAUACUUUGGAAUCAGAUAUAUUUUCUUCACCUCUUGAGACUGAUAGCAUGGACCCCUUUGGAAUCACCUCUAAAUUAUCUCCAGUGAAGAGCCCCAGCUUUCAGAAAUAACUAAUAGCCCUGACUUUAUAUAUAAUUUUAAAGAAAUAUUGACAGAACCAGUGUAUUAUUUAGCUCUUCCAGUAGUAGUAUUUAGAACAUUUUUACAUGUAGAGUAUGGUGCUAACAUUGUUCUUGCAAUGUCCCCAACCUAUAAGAAGGCAGCAUUCUAAAAAACUAUCUAUUCAUGUUUAAUAACAUAUUAGGCAAAAAAUUUAACACCCAACCAAAAAAAGCAUAAUUUGUUCAGCUAUGAUAAAAUACAUAAUGAUCAGGGAUCCUUUCUAUCUGGCAAUGGCUACAGUGAAAAAAUCAUUAACAUUUUUCUCUGUCAGUUCGUUACUACUUCGUACUCACCUCUGAGUCCUUCUGAUAGGAGCAAAAGUUUUGCAUUUGCAGUAAGGUUAAUGAACUCUUAACUUCAUAGCCUUUAAAAGCAAACAUUUGGACUAAAACAUGAUUAAAAGCCUAACAAAUAUGUGAACUAGGGUUAAAUCUCUCUCUUAAAAAGUUGCUGACAAUGCUCUGGGAAACCUUUCCCCUGAAAACAGUCCAUUGGAAAAUAGUCUUUCUUGUAUAUUAUGCUUUUUCUUCCCUUUGCUUUUCGCUAAGGGUUCAUGCUGGAAAACAGGAUCUUUGAAUCUUAAUGGGCUCAACCAGUAUUUGCUGAUGAAUAUGCUGGGACCUAUACAGUCCUUGAUCCAACAUAGAAAUGUCCUUAAUGUCAAUAAAAAUCCUUUACAGGGAUGAAUAAUUGUAUAGAAUGUGUAAUUUAUGUUGAUCAAUUAAGAACUAGGCAACAGAAGCAGAUUAGUUUUUAGGUAAUAAAGAUCCUGUUGUAUGUCCGUAGGAGAUGAAGAGAGACUGAAAAUAUACACUGUGUAGGUCAAAUUGCUUGUAAAUAUGCUUUCUUAGUCUACCUUUUAAAGCAUUAGCAGUUCUUUCAAGGCCACCCAGGGCCUGAUUUGGUACCCAUUGGAAUGGAGGGCCAAAUUCCUAUUGGUUGUAAUGUUGCAUACCUGGGCCAGUUUUGCCUUUCAUCUGUGGUGGAGGGAUCAUGGGCAUUAAAUGGCCUAAAAUUUAUACAUGAUGCAGUGCUGUUCUCCUAUUGUAGCAUUCCCAUAAAGGAAUAACUUAAAUAGUGAGAAAAGGGGUUCAGAGAAUUACUCAUUUCCCAGGAUUCAUUUUUAAUAGCUAUGUCUACACAUAGAAAACUGUACUGGAUAUAUUAGUAUUUUUUGACCUAGCACUUCAUUACCAAUGCAAUAUUUAUAAUUAAUUUAUUGAAUACAUACAUCUGUUUAUUUUGUUACUGUUAUUUAUGCUCAAAAUUCUAUUUAUGUACACAUGAAGGGUUUUUUUUAGUUUUAACAAAAUGUUGUGAAGUUUUGUAAUCAUGAAAUUGUGAGGAAACUAUAACUUUUUACCUUUUCUGUGCAUUGUCAGUAGUGUAAUGUGUAAAUUUAUAAUAAAAAUCAUCUUCAACAUAA